AUGGCAGCUUCCAUUUCUAAAACCCUAACGAGAAAUCUUCUCCGGCGAAGUUGUGAAACUAAACAAUCACUGCAGCUCCGGUGCUCCUCCUCCUCCGCCGCCGCCGCUAGUUCAGCCCCGGUGACUGAAACUCAACCUUCAGAGAAAGGCGGACCUUCAAAAUGGUCAAAGUUACUGCUUUUCGUACCAGGAGUCAUCACAUUUGGCCUUGGUACUUGGCAAAUUAUCAGAAGGCAAGAUAAGAUUGAAAUGCUUGAGUACAGACAAAAUCGAUUACGAAUGGAUCCUCUAAACUGCAAUGAGGUGUCCCCUUCAAGUGAAAAUGUGGAUUCUUUGGAGUUCUGCAGGGUACGUUGUAGAGGAGUGUUUGAUGAGAAAAAGUCCAUUUUUAUAGGACCUCGCUCCAGAAGCAUUUCAGGGGUGACUGAAAAUGGUUACUAUGUUAUUACUCCUCUCAUGCCUUUGGCAAAUGAUCCUAAGAGUGUGCAGGCACCAAUUCUCGUCAAUAGGGGAUGGGUCCCCCGGAAUUGGAGAGACAAGUCUUUGGAAGUGGCUGCGGCUGAUGACCAACCUCCGAGUAUUGCACCCCCAUCUCAAGAGAGUGGAAAGAGAUCUUGGUGGAUGUUUUCUUCAAAAAAGAAGAAAGUAGAAGAGGAUCAAGUUCCAACUGUUAAACCCACGGAAGUAGUUGGAGUCAUCAGAGGAAGUGAGAAACCCAGUAUAUUUGUUCCAGCAAAUGAUCCCAGUUCCUUCCAGUGGUUCUACGUUGAUGUUUCGGCCAUUGCCCGUGCUUGUGGACUCCCCAAGAACACACUCUACAUUGAAACCAUCAACGAUAAUGUUGACCCAAGCAAUCCUUAUCCAAUUCCAAAGGAUACAAACACAUUGGUUCGGAGUUCUGUAAUGCCGCAAGAUCAUCUUAACUAUACAUUUACAUGGUAUUCUCUGUCAGCUGCUGUGACGUUUAUGGCUUUUAAGAGGCUACAGUCAAAGAAAAGCCGGAGAUAGCAAACAUUUGAACUGUUUCCUUUGGAAGUAUUUGGCAAUGUAAGAGCAACUAGUUGUCGAGGCAGUGCUGCUAAUUUGCACCUCAGGGACCUUAAGAAUAUAGCAUAAUAGCUUUCAUGGCAUCGACUAUCUCAAAGGAGAGAAAAGCUGCUAUAUUUUCAACUCAUCAUAGUCCUUCAAUCCUGUCACCCUCCUAAAACCUACAGGCGAAUGCAACACAUUUUUCAAAUGGUACAACCCAAUAAAUGCCCAUUUUGUAACAUUCUCGAGGUUGUGUUUGUUGAACAUUUUGCAUCAUCAGCUAAGAGUUGUUUGAUAAGUAAAA